GUCUCAAUCUGACAAUCACGACAAUACGGUGGUGUUUUUACUUAGAUUUUUACUUUAAAUAAUAUCAUUUAAUUAACUUUUUGUAUAUCUUUCGCCUUUUAACGUGGGACUUUCGUACAAUCAUUUAUUUAAAAAUAAUUUAUUUACUAACCUAGUCAUUAUGGCUAAUAUACCACAUAAUACAUUUUCUUUUCCUUUCAAAGACAUAUUAGUUGAUGAAAUUGCUCUAGAGGGUUUAGAAGGAAUUGGCAUUAAUCUUCUAUGGAAAAGAAUUGAAAAACGUAUUUCCACAUCAGUUACAGAGAAAAUGCAAAGACGGUUAUGGAAUAUUAUACUUAAGUUUGACAGUAUAUAUUUGUAUGAAAAUCCAGAACCCGUACCACAUUUAGAUAUUAUUGAUAGAUUCACAAUAGUUGACGAUGCUAAUGGUGACUUACGAGAACCGGAUGAUUACCUAGAUGGUCCCUAUGAGUACCAACCAGUAGAUUGUGAUAAUGGAUCAAGUGUGCAUUAUAAGAGAAGAGUGCUUCUGGAUAAAGAUAUUUUAUCAAAAAUGGAUUAUAAAGAGGUUCUUUCAACAUAUAAUAAUACUUUAGUGCUUGUUGCAUCGAAAGAAGAACGAUGGGGAGCUUUAGUUCCACACUUGCCUAUGUCACAUGCAGAAAAACUUACAAAAUUGCACUAUUGCAUUCUCGAGCUAAUAGGUAAAUCAAGAGCAAAUGGGCAAAUGACUGUUGGCAAAACUAAUUUAGCAAAAUUAGUUAAAGAUCCUAAACUAUUGUUCUACAACAGAAAAGUACUACAAGAAUUGGACCUGGUGAGAGUUUCACACAUUAACCAAUGGGUUCCCACCAGGAGAGGGACAAAAGUAAUUCUACUGAGACUAAGGAGGUUCCAUCAAAGCGUUAUAUGCAGCAUACCUAAAACUGGUUGGAUUUAUAACCUAGUGCAGUAUUUAAAAGACCAACCAAAUUAUUGUGAAUCUACUGCAGUUGUUUUAAAGAAAGGUUUAAUAACACGAAAGCAUAACAAAAGAUUCCAAAAAAUCUCCUAUAUAUUUGGUUUUGACGACCAACCUAUUAAAAUAAAUGAAAUUGCAAUGCCAAACAAAAGGGCAAAGACACAAAAUAGACGGCGCUACAUUUAUUUGUACUCUAUUACUGAUGAUGAACAUACUGAAUCUGAGGAUGAGGAGCAGAAAUCACCGAUGAAAUGUCAAUAUAAAGUUGGUAUAAAUCUCCUAAGACAAGCCUAUGAAAGAUUUCUAGAAGCUGGGCUUAAAGGCUUAACUCAAAUAGAAUUAGGAGAACUUUUGGGUAUCGAGUUUUAUAUAAGCAGAACAAUUUGCAGAAUUUUUAGGGCUAAAAAUAUUGUCAGAGAAUUUUUGGAAGAUAAAGGUCGACAAAGAACGGCAAGAUUCAUUGCUGUUGCUGCUACUGCAAAGAUAGAUAAUCAAUAUGCAGAAGAAAAGGAAAAGUUUCUGAAAUAUGUUGCUGAAUUUACAAAAAUUAACAAUGAGGAAACUGCCUCUAAUUUAGAAUCUGAGACAGAAGUGCCCCGAAAAAGAAUAAAAAUUGAGGAUAAUCCUGAAUAUGAGAAAUACGUUUUUGAAAUAAAAAAUAUUCAAGGCAUUCCAACUCUUCCAAAUCCACUAUCAGAAUCCACUAAAAAAUUAACUCUUAAGCAAUUGAAAUUUGCAACUGCAGUGCUAAAAGUUAUUAGAGAUAAUCAGGUUAUAGUAAAUUUUUUUGGGUUGUCUAAACUCUUAGCUUUAGAAACCAAACAAAGACCUAUGGACACAAAACCUUUGAAAAUAUUUCUGCAGAGACUGGUUUUAGAUGGCUGUGUUAAAAUUUUUGGAAUUAAAUGGCCUGGUUACCAAGACAAAUAUACCGUUUUAAUCUGUGCUCCACAUAUUAAACCAUCACACCCUAUGAUAGUGAAUAAAUAUAAAGAAAUUGCCAGCAAUUCUAAACGAAUUUUAGCGCAAAAUAAGAGUAGAUAUAAACCAUUAAAACCAUUGACUGAGUAUUCUUAUCCUCGUUAUGUUAAACUCCAAAAACUCCAUGAAGCUAUGGUAAAAUAUGCUUAUUUGGAUGAUUUAAAAUCUGAACCAAGUGAAUUAUCCGAGGGAUUCGUCUAUAUAAAAGACUUAAUACCUGAAUUAACCCUAGAACUUGCAUUAGGUACUAUAAACAGUGCUGGUAUUUUGAAACUCUCCAAAUUUAAUAUAGAUGAAGAUCUUCUUAAAACAAAACUUUGUGAGGUGCCAGUGGAACUUAAUAAAGCUCUAACAAAUUCAAGUUAUUUGGAAAAAUCUAUACGAACUAAUUUAAAAGCACUGGCUAUGUUUGGCCUCGUCCAGCUUAUUGCACUAGCUGCUCCUAAAGAUGUCACCAUUCCAGACAAUUGUCUUGAUAUUCACUUAUUCUAUGUUAACAAAAAUGCUGCGAUACUAGACACAUCAGGUAUAUGGCCAAAAAGAAAUAUGUGUAAUCAAAAUUAUGAAAAAAAGUUUCGUUUCGACACUUUUGAAGAUGUUAAAGACUAUUGGAGUACAGUAUAUAACAUAAGUACUAGUACUACAAUUGAAACUCCUAAUCGAAGACAAAGGAAGCUACCUUCCAUACCAAUACGAGCGCAAUCUGAAGUAGAUGAAUAUGAUAAAGGAUUAAGAUUGGGAAAUAAUUUAGGUCCAUGUGGAUUUCACUCUAGCUUUUUCUUAGAUAUGCCACGAUUAUGGAAGACCUAUAGCGCGAGAACUAGUCAUUUUCCCCCACGCAAACAAAUUAAAAAAGUAAUAAGAAUUCCUAGAUUUGAGAAAACCCAAAAAAAAUUGACAAAAAUUCAAAAGAGAACAAUACGAAAACCAAAUUUUAUCGAAAAACUGCCUAGCAUAAAAACCAAAUUAUUGAAGCAAGCAAUAUUAAAACAAUCCUUGGUUAGAAGAAGAAAAGAUUUAGACAAUACGGUUUGGUCACGAGAAGACGACAGAAUUGUAAUGUUAUGUAAAACUGCUAUAACUAUUAUGAGCCCUAUAUCACAACCUGGUUGCCUACUUGUAAGAAAUUUAGUUACUAAAGAUAUAUUAUCGCUCAAAGAUCCGAAAAAAAGCCAAAAGAUUUGCCAUAAAAGAGCAGCAAUUGUUGAUACCAAUGCUACAUUAAUACAUCUAAGAGACAGCAUUAUGGCUGAACUUAAAUAUCACAGUGCCAUACUACAUAAAUAUGAAGGCAUAUUAAAAAAGAUAAGACUAAUGAACUCCAAUAGUAAUCCUACUCAAUAUAUACAGGCAGCUAGAGUACCAAUGAUGGAAUUAGUUUGGGUUUUAAUGGACGUGUUAAAAAUUUGUUCAACUAAACAAAAUGUUCCCGUUUUUACAAGUUUAGAAGAAUUAUACAAAAAAUUCACAGUUGUUCCAUCGUCUGAAAACCGACCUAGCAACUCAUAUAAAACAGCACCUGAUGAUGUUUUACUAGGGCCACUAAAAGAAGCUAUCAUGUUAACUGUCAUGUUAUCAUUUGAUAAUGAAUUGACAAAAGAGAAUGCUCUAAAAAUUUAUCAUAAUUUCAAGCGUUUCGAUGAAAAGGUUUUGCGAAAAGCUGUAUCACAACUGAGGCAAUGUGGAGCCAUAACAGCUAAAGGAAAGAUACUAAGUGGUAUCCUACACAAAAUAAAUUUAGAUGAUUUAGUAGAUUGCUGGUACAAAAUAUCUGCGCAGUACCAACGCAAGUGGAUGGUAAGGCUCAAUUCUGAAUUUGUAGAUGACCUGGGCAACUGUUUUGAUAAAUCAAUCAUCCAAGAUGAUCUUAAAGGUUCUCCAGAUAUAAACUGCUUUUCGUGCGAGUUAUAUGCGAUGGGUGUAGUGGACAUGAUCAUACUGAUUGCGCCUGUUAUAUCUGGAUUCACAGGAUCCAUAAUACAAGAGGAUCAGCUUAAUGUAAUAGAUAUAGAAUCGAGAUAUAAAUUAAAAUCGGGCACAAUAAUCUGGAAAAUUGAAAACAACAUAGGACACUUUAAUGAUAUUUACAAAGGCAUAGAUAUAGAAGCCCCUUUACAGGAUAUUCUAAGGGAAUCUGUGAUAAAACGAGGUCAAAAACUUAAAUCAAACUUCGAUAAGCAGCUUACUGAAACGGAAAAUACAAUUGUUGCUUACCUAAAAAUGAAACACGAACAUGGAAGUAAUUUCAGUGAAUUAAAGGAAAUCUGUGACCUAGGCACGGAAUCUCUUAUGAAGGGUCUUAGGAAUCUGAUCGCUAAGAAUAUCGUUAAACGUGUUGGUGUUUACGAUAAUAUUUUCAUCAUGAUGAACUACAUCAAGAACUGGUCUAUGGAAGUGGACAAUUUUCAUAUACUCAGUAAGCCCUGGAUUGGGAUAGACGCUAAAAUGAGAGAGGACAUAUUCUUAAAAUGGGUUGGGGUAGUCAUCAAUAAAGUGUUUGAAUGCCCAGGCAGCAAUUUAUGUUAUUUAUCGGACAAUUGUGAUUUCUUGAGUACAGCAGCUGUUCAAGAUAUAUGUACAGUUCUAAGCCAAUGGGGAUGUGUCUCGUUGCAUUGCAUUUACGAGGAAGAACCAAAUUUGUUUUCAGAAGACAAUGAUCCUGUUGAAAUUGUCGAUUAUAAUGAGUACGAGUCGCCACAAAACAUUGUAGUGAAGCCUAUGGUGGAUUCUUUAGUAAGAUACUCGUUUAUAAGGAAAACUAUUUUGAAUAGUGUGUAGAAGUAAGUGCUAUUUCCGCUUUAGAUUUGGUUAUUAGACAAGAAGAACAGUAAAAUAGCAGUUAGCAUAUAGGCCGCAUGCCGCCUACUUCGACAAAAAUAAUUGUAUAAAAAUUAUUCAGAUUCUAAAAUACCCAGGACGAGUUUCUAAAAUUAAGAAGACAGACAGGUAGAAAAGAUGUCAAAACUGUUGAGAACCAAGAUUUCUAAUGUUUUAUUUUAUAUAAAACUAGCUGUACCCUGCCACGCUUCGCAGUGGCACAUUGUGAUUGAGUGGUUGAGAAAUGAGAAACAAAACAAAGAAUACAUUUCACAUAAGUUUAAUUUUGCAAUAACAAAUAUUUUUGUAAAUAAACAAUGUAAUUGGGAACGAAAUUGUAUCUCAUGUGACUGCGUCAUUACUAUUGCGGUUGUCAGCGAGUGUUUUCCUCGCUUCUGGCAGAUGGCGCGGUCACUGGUACACAGCUGAUCGUUAAAAAAAACUGUUUUCUCGCGGUCGCAGAUAUGUGACUGAUGCAAAAAAUAGAUAAAAACAAUCCUUGAUGCGGAUUUUAUAUCAUGUUAAAAUUUCAACUCAAUCGGUGCAGAACUUUUUGAGUUUUUGAAGCGUACACAAACCAACAUAACAUUUUUAUAUAAAUAAAUGUUUCGUUAAAAUCUAUUAGGGUUGAUUCACACCGGAAUGGCAGCGGUCGGUAGCGACGCGUCGCGGCGAGCACUUUUAGUGUGAAUUAAUUUUAAACUACAUCCACAUACAUAAAGAAUCUGUUUUAUGGAUUGUCUUUAUUUUUAGAAAAAUCAUGGUGUUUAAACCUCUUUGUCUGGGGGAAUAACGUUAACUAUACACGUAUGCUAAUGUAUUUCAAUAACCUAAUUUUGAUUAAGCUAGUUCUCAAAACGAUAUCAUACUUUUAUAUACUUAAUUGUUAAAGUUACUUGUUAAAGCAACAAUAAAGUAAUGGUUGCAAUAAUAAACUACCUACUUGUUUCAAUCUUUGUUCACA